CUUUUUCAGCCCGUUUGUCUUUCAACAAACGCAACUUUUCUCUCCCGCCGACGAAGGAAUUCCAUCGGUUAACAUGCCAGACUCAUCCGACGAAUCGGACCACGAUGGCGUCGGCCUCAUGCAGAAUGAUGCAUCCGACCGGGAGUCCUCGGCGAGCAAAUCCGGAACAGAAGCCGGCGACGACCCCGGCCAGGGCUUUCUCGACGUCGAAGCUUCAGAAGAGGGGAACAGCGACUCUGACGACUCAUCAGAAUCGGACUCGGAAGAUGCAUCGAUUCUUGGCGAAUACCGUCGCAAGAGCCCACGGGUGUUCUUCCCGGAAUUUCGCAGACUUCCCAUCGAGCUUCGCCAUCGCAUUUGGCAGUACUUUUGCCCCGAUCUCGAUCCAUCACCACGCGUCUUCUCAUUCCAGGUGCUGCCCAAUCCAAGGCAGGACACCAUCUGGGAAAGCACGCCCUUGGAGAACCAGAUUGCGGCAGUGGACGCCAUGUUGCGCGUCCAUCACGAGUCUCGAGACAUUGCUCUCAAGGCAUUUCCAGACACCCUAGCGAUCCGGGAAGGCCGGCGCAGCAUUCGUUUCAACAAGGAACGAGACGUCGUUCACCUCAACGGCAUUAAGCGUGUUUGGGACCACAACCUCAAAGUCCCUGGCUUCUCUGAGAAGAUCGUUAACCUGGCCAUGGACGGAGCUAACCUGGACGCCAAUGAACUGCGGCUCCUGUUGGCGUUUCCUAAUCUCAGAAAACUGUUCGACUUUCAGUGGCAUAAUGACAGGCGUAUACCGCAUAGGCUGCGGUGGUGCGCGUCGGAUCUGGUUCACCACUACGAGCUCCAGCAAUUGCGCAAGGACGUGGACAUCGGCGAGGAUCUUCACUUCGUGUACUGCUGGCCGGACCUCACGCAGCCGCAGCAACGCGAAUUCGCAUUGAAGAAGAAGCUGUCCAAAGAUGAGAUAUGGAUCGAUCUCUUCACGGAACUGUUCGACAUGGUGGAGGAGGGUUCCCUCUACCUGAAGCCGGAUGAAGCUGAGCGCCUGGAAGAAGUCAGCUAUUGGCCGAUGCAGUGCUUUGGGUGGGAUGCAGCCGACCGAUUCGAUGCCUUUCGGGCGAAACACGGGGCUGCCAAAGCAGACAAACCCGCCGCCGACGGUUCAGAAGACGACAAGGAAGAUGGGUCGGAAGACGACUCAGAAGAAGACUCGGAUGACUCCUCGGAUCAGAACGAGUACGAGAGCGAUGGCAUCGACGAUGGAAGCAUUCACGAGGAGUCCGUAAAUGAGGACGAGGACGAUUUGCUUAUCGACACGCAGCAAGCGAGCGACGACGAAGAGGGAGGAGGGGAUGUUUCAGACUAUGGCGGAUUCUCUCCACUCGCAGACGAGGACAGCACGCUCUUUGAUGGCAACGGCCCCAUAAACCCUGCCGCUCACUGGUCCAGCCCCGAGCCUGGCUCAGGAGAAGACGAACAGCCCCGCGGAGGCAGGAGGAGACGACAAGUCGCAUCAUCCGACGAGGACGAGGAAUCGGGUGAGGAGGAAGAGGCAGAGGACUCAGGCCGUAGCACAAAUCGACGUGGUCCAGUGGUCAUUUCUGACGACGAAGAUGAAGAAGAUGAAGCACAGCCUUCUCAGCCUACGAGUCGCCGGAGUCGCGUUGUUCUGUCAGACGAUGAGGACGACGAUGAAGAGGCAGAGGCGGAGGAGCCUGCGAAGCCUGCCGGUCGCCGUGCACGAGUCCUCCCUUCUGACGACGAGGACGAUGACGACGAUGAAGGUGGGGCUGACAUUGCCAACAAGGAGGAGACGCUGGGAGGCUCAGACUCGGAGGACGAAGACGUGGGCGCGAAGAAUCCCUUAUCCCUAGCUGAGAAGCUUGCUCGCAAUCGUCGCGACAACCCGGUCUCCGAAGAAGAGUCUAGCGAGGAGAGCUCCGAGGAGGAGGAGGCAGCACCACCCAAGACGAUGUCUCUCGCGCAAAAGCUUAUGACGCACCGCAGACGGAACCCGAUUGCGUCCGAGUCAGAGGACGAGCCCGAAGGCAGUGUGGUCGGCAGCGAGGAUGAUGAUCUCGAAGACGAGGAAGAUGAGGACGAAGAAGACGAUGAGAAUGGCAUGUUCAGGAACUUGGCGGAUGAAGGCGAAUUUGGGGACGAGGAAGGUGAUGAAGAUGAAUACUAGGUUUGAACCUGGAAGGGAGGUUCGCGCGUAUAUUGCAUAACAUUACGCCAUUAUCUUUCUUGGUCUCGAAAUGUGGACGACAAGGGCUUAGAGGAUUCCACAAGUACUUACCUUAUAUUCGGGUACGUGGUCGGAUGACCAGGAUAUCAUUGGAAUCUAUGACAAUGGAAUGAACGUUUCGACUCAGAAAACAUCGAGAUCUUUUUCAUGAUUCGUACACUUAUCGUUUUCUUCUUCAACUAGUGAGCACAUUGAUCGUACCCUUUUU